AUGUCGAAGAACCACACCAAUAUCCCGCUGCAUUGCAGUAUUUGCCCAAAGAAUCCUCAAUUCUCCGAUGUAUCUCAUCUUCUUACCCAUACUUCUUCCAAGGCCCAUUUAUCAAAUUAUUUCAAGCUUAAAAUUCGGGCUGCCUCAGAAUUGACAGCAAAGGUUCAACUGGACAAUUUCGAGGAUUGGUAUGAUAACUAUGAUCUAGAACGACUACUGUCCGAAAGACUCGCCUCGAAAGACCAGAAGAAAGCUGCCAAGGACAAGAAGGUCAGGAACAAUAAGGCUAUACCCAGACCAGCAAAAAUCAAGAAAGAAAUCGACGAUAUCUUCGGCGAUGAGUCCAAUUUGGCUCCGAUUUUUCGAGCUCCUGUCCCAAGAAUGCAUCUUUGGCCAACUACAACAAACACCAAUAUCAAUAGCAAUAACAAUGCAUCUACAUCUAACUCUGAUAUGGGAAGCGAGUGGGAUCAUAAUACUUUGUACGCAACACCAACAACUAGACGCCAGAUUCCAGGCUAUGCACUUCAAAAAACACCUUCCGCAACAGAGACAGCAUCAGUUACCACCAAUCUUACUACGCCACUAAAGGAGGAAGGGGCAGAUGCAGAAAUUAUAGAGAAGCUCUCGGACAGUGCAAAGUUGAAGGGUGUGUUCUGGCCUGGCAUGGAUCUCUUUGAUUCUGCCACAGCUGAAAUGAAGCGUAUGAGAAAUCAGAGGAAAGAUGGCUCGAUCCUUGAACUGAUGAUGGCCGCGUCUGCUGAGGUCCAGCCCACUGAAACCUCCUACCACCCUGAUGGAGCAUUCAGAACUUCCAGGAACAUUUUUGGUCCUCUUUCGACUGAGACUAGCCCGGUUCGAGAUCCCACCCCGAGAAAACGCAGAACUCGCAAAAUGGUGUUGGCGGAUGUCAGUGUUAAUGUGCCCCGUCUAAGACCUGGUCGACCACAAAGGAGUUCGGCUAGAAGCCCAGAGAAGCGACAAGUAUCCGCCAAAACAAGUCAGCCUGCUGGUCAACUUGCCCUACAUCCAACACCAACACUUAAUCCAUUGGCGUUUGGUGCUCGAUUUACUCCAAGUAACGAGGAAGAUGAGGAGUUUAGAAUGACUAUGGAAGAGAUGGGAGCUAAGAAGCGUUCUUUCAAUGUCUUUCAGGAUGCUCCUGAGAUUAGCCCAGGUCGUACAGAGAGCCCAUUGGAAGAUCAUAGGUUCGACUUUUCGGAUGGCGCCUCAACCAGCUUUACGAAUACAAAUCUCGGAAACAACAUCUCUCCCACACCUGUUGUCAAACCUACUGCAAUGCGUAUGUUCGCCAAAGAAAGCAGUCAAUCUGACACGCAGGCACGACGAACCGUCUCGACCCCUCACCAUGGCUUCCCGGCUCAUAUGUUUUUUGACAAUGCAUCAAUGUACAAUCCCCUCUACAAUCACCACCCCCGAUCGUUCUCGUAUGGAGGGGAUCAUAUGGACCUUUCCCAGAUGAAUCAGGACAUCAAGCCAAUGAAUACUUUUGAUCAAGGUUUUCAAGGCGAUUUCAACUCGGUCGGCCACGCCUCACACCUACCCAGCAGCCAUCUACAUCUCUCAGGCCCCAUUACCAAUGGUGCAAGUGUUAACAUGCCACAUUUUGGUAUGUGA